CUUUUAAAUUAUCGCAAAACUAAAGUUAUGGCCAAAUAUACAGUUGAAGUAAUUUCAAAGCAUAUUUGCCAACUGGGAGAGGGUCCUCAUUGGGACCAAAAGUCUCAGACACUGUAUUACGUGGACCUAAUUGGUGGUGAUGUGUGUCGUUUGGACCCAAACACACAGGAAUCAGAAGUGGUUCACAUCGGAGGCAUUGUUUCGGUUUUGGUUCCCAUUAACAACAACAAAAAUGAGUUUAUCAUAAGUCAAGACAACAAACUUUAUAAACUCGAUUGGAGUUCUCAACAAAAACAACUGUUAACCGAAAUUGAGAGCCAUUUGGAUAAGAAUCGAUUCAAUGACGGAAAGUGUGACCCAAGCGGUCGAUUCUGGGUCGGCACUAUGGGUCCCGAGACAUCUCCCGGGGUAUUCGUUGACAACAGAGGUGCUCUUUAUAAUUAUGGGUCUAAAAUUGAGAAAAAGUUUGACCCUGUUAAUCUAUCCAAUGGUCUGGCCUGGUCGUUAGAUAACACCAAAAUGUAUUUCAUUGACUCAACCAAAAGAAUUAUUUAUUCUUUUGAUUUCGACAUUAAGAGUGGAAAUAUUGAAAACGCAAACGUUUUCUUUGAUUUCAACAAAAAGAAAGAUUUGGCGGAAAACAUAUUACCCGAUGGUAUGACUAUUGAUAAGCAGGGAAACCUAUGGGUCGCCUGUUUUAACGGCGCGAGAGUUAUCAAUAUUUGCACAAAAAGUGGCCAAAUCAUUGAUACGAUUAGUUUGCCCACCGAUUGCAUUACAUCCGUGUGUUUCGGUGGCCAACACUUGGAUCAGCUCUUCGUGACGACCGCUUUGUGGCCAUUGAACGACGCGAGAAGAGCUCAACAGCCAAAGGCUGGACAUCUGUUUCGCGUCACUUCAGACGAGAAGACUUUCGGCGGAUUUGAAUCCAGUUAUGAAUUCAAAGAGUGAUUUCAAUUGAUUUAAAAAGUUUUCAUACA